UAUGAGAAAGAGCCGCCAGGCCUCUCCUGCCGCCGCCGCCGCCGCCGCUACCGCCAUCGUCGCCGCCGCCACCGCUACCCUCGACGCGGCCGCCCUCUCGCCCUCGCCGGCUCGCGGCCUCUGGAGAGCCCGGGGAUUCGGCCUGCUUCUCCUCCUCUUUCCCGCCAGGCCCCGCGUAGCUUCCGAGCUGAGCGCCGAUAGAUGGAGACAGGCCCCGCCACCGCCGAAGCCGAACCACGAGCAGGAGCCGCUGCCGCCCUCAUCGCAAGGCGGGAGGAGAGCCGGAGCCGCCGACCCUGAGGAGAAUGUCCCAGAAAUCUUGGAUAGAAAAUACUUUUACCAAGCGGGAAUGUGUGUAUAUUAUACCAAGUUCAAAGGACCCUCACAGAUGUCUCCCAGGAUGUCAGAUUUGUCAGCAACUUGUCAGGUGCUGCUGCGGCCGUUUGGUCCGGCAACAUGCUUGCUUCACAGCAAGUCUUGCCAUGAAAUAUUCAGAUGUGAAAUUGGGUGAAAAUUUCAAUCAGGAGAUAGAAGAAUGGUCAGUGGAAAAACAUACAGAACAGAGUCCAACAGAUGCUUAUGGAGUCAUUAACUUCCAAGGAGGGUCUCAUUCUUACCGAGCUAAGUAUGUGCGGUUGUCCUAUGAUACCAAACCUGAAGCCAUCCUCCAGCUUAUGCUUAAAGAAUGGCAGAUGGAACUGCCCAAGCUUGUUAUCUCCGUUCACGGAGGGAUGCAGAAAUUUGAGCUUCACCCACGUAUCAAACAGUUGCUCGGCAAAGGCCUUGUUAAAGCUGCGGUGACGACGGGAGCCUGGAUUAUAACUGGAGGGGUGAAUACAGGUGUUGCGAAACAUGUUGGUGAUGCCCUCAAGGAACACGCCUCUCGAUCAUCUCGAAAGAUUUGCACUAUUGGAAUACCUUCGUGGGGAGUGAUUGAAAACAGAAACGACCUCGUUGGGAGAGAUGUGGUUGCUCCCUAUCAAACCCUGCUGAACCCUUUGAGUAAAUUAAACGUCCUUAACAAUCUUCACUCCCAUUUCAUACUGGUGGACGAUGGAACCGUUGGAAAAUAUGGGGCAGAAGUGAAACUUCGAAGAGAACUGGAAAAAACAAUCAAUUUGCAAAGAAUCCAUGCAAGAAUCGGCCAGGGUGUUCCUGUCGUGGCGCUCAUCUUUGAAGGUGGUCCCAACGUUAUCCUCACUGUUCUGGAUUACCUGCAGGAAAGCCCCCCAGUGCCCGUGGUGGUUUGCGAGGGGACUGGCAGAGCUGCAGACAUCCUGGCUUAUGUCCAUAAGCAAACUGAAGAAGGAGGAAGCAUUCCUGAGGGGGCAGAACUCGAAAUAAUUUCGACCAUCAAAAAGACGUUUAAUUUUGGCCAGAGCGAAGCGGUUCACUUGUUCCAAACACUGCUAGAGUGCAUGAAAAGAAAAGAACUGAUCACCGUGUUCCAUAUUGGGUCUGAUGAGCAUCAAGAUAUCGAUGUUGCAAUCCUUACAGCGCUGCUAAAAGGAACAAAUGCUUCUGCAUUUGACCAGCUGGUCCUUACUCUUGCUUGGGACCGAGUCGACAUUGCCAAAAAUCAUGUUUUUGUGUAUGGCCAACAGUGGCUGGUUGGAUCUCUAGAGCAGGCUAUGUUAGAUGCCCUUGUGAUGGACCGAGUUGCCUUUGUGAAACUGCUUAUUGAGAACGGAGUAAGCAUGCACAAAUUUCUUACCAUUCCCAGACUGGAAGAGCUUUACAACACUAAACAAGGCCCAACUAAUCCAGCGCUGUUUCACCUUGUUCGAGAUGUUAAACAGGGAAACCUUCCUCCAGGUUACAAACUCACGUUGAUUGAUGUGGGGCUGGUUAUCGAAUAUUUGAUGGGAGGAACCUACAGAUGCCGCGCAUUAACAUUUUACGGAAGCUAACUCAGAGUGGUGUACAACAGUCUCAGCGGCAGCAAUCGGAGGUCUGGGCGAAAUGCUGCAAGCGGCACCCCUCAAUUGCGUAAAAACCACGAACCUUUUGGUAACAGGGCAGAUAAAAAGGAGAAAAUGCGGCACAACCACUUCAUCAAAACUGCGCAGCCUUACAAACCAAAGGGCGACACUGUUGCAGAAGAAGGAAAAAAGAAAAAAACCAAAGACGACAUAGUAGAUAUCGAUGACCCGGAAACAAGGCGCUUUCCUUGCCCUCUUAAUGAGCUGCUGCUUUGGGCGGUGCUAAUGAAAAGGCAGAAAAUGGCCCUCUUCUUCUGGCAACACGGGGAGGAGUCCAUGGCCAAAGCUUUAGUGGCCUCCAAGCUCUACCGCUCCAUGGCCUACGAAGCAAAACAAAGUGACCUUGUUGACGAUACCUCGGAAGAACUCAAACAGUAUUGCGAUGACUUUGGACAGCUGGCCGUUGAGCUAUUAGAACAUUCGUUCCGGCAAGAUGAAACGAUGGCUAUGAAAUUGCUAACUUACGAGCUAAAAAACUGGAGUAAUUCCACCCGCCUUAAGCUAGCAGUGUCUUCACGGCUUCGGCCUUUUGUUGCUCAUACGUGCACGCAAAUGUUGUUGUCUGAUAUGUGGAUGGGAAGACUGAAUAUGAGAAAGAAUUCAUGGUACAAGGUGAUACUAAGCAUCUUGGUCCCCCCCGCCAUACUGAUGCUGGAAUACAAAACCAAGGCAGAAAUGUCCCAUAUUCCCCAGUCUCAAGAUGCACACCAAAUGACCAUGGAAGACAGUGAAAACAACUUCCAGAACAUAGCAGACGAAAUACCAAUGGAAGUGUUUAAAGAAGUAAAAAUCUCAGACAGUCACGAGGGAAUGCAUGACAUGGAGACAGCUAUAAAACCGAAGAGGCUUCCGGUGACACGGAAGUUUUAUGCCUUUUAUCACGCACCAAUAGUGAAAUUCUGGUUUAAUACGUUGGCCUAUAUAGGAUUUUUGAUGCUUUAUACAUUUGUCGUUCUCGUGAGAAUGGAAGAGCUGCCUUCCAUUCAAGAAUGGAUUGUCAUUGCUUACAUUUUCACAUUGGCCAUUGAGAAGAUUCGUGAGAUUUUCAUGUCCGAGGCUGGGAAGGUUAGUCAGAAGAUAAAAGUGUGGUUUAACGACUACUUCAAUGUCAGCGACACAAUUGCCAUCAUCACUUUCUUCAUCGGUUUUGUGCUAAGAUUUGGAGCGAAAGGGAACUUCAACGAAGCUACUUAUUCAUUAAACCAAGUUUUUGUUGCUGGAAGGAUAACAUACUGCCUGAAUAUAAUCUUCUGGUAUGUCAGGCUGCUGGAUUUCCUAGCUGUAAACCAACAGGCUGGACCUUACGUUAUGAUGAUUGGGAAAAUGGUGGCCAACAUGUUUUACAUUGUAGUGAUCAUGGCUGUUGUCCUGCUCAGUUUUGGAGUCCCCAGGAAGGCGAUACUUUACCCUAACGAGGAACCAUCCUGGGUUUUAGCGAGAGAUAUCGUGUUUCAACCCUACUGGAUGAUCUUUGGUGAAGUUUAUGCCUAUGAAAUAGAUGCGUGCGCAAACAAUUCUGAAGCUAAACAUCUGUGCGUGAUGGGAUCCUGGCUGACUCCAUUCCUUCAGUCAGUCUAUCUCUUCGUCCAGUACAUAAUUAUGGUCAACCUUCUCAUUGCGUUUUUCAACAAUGUGUAUUUGCAAGUGAAAGCAAUUUCCAACAUUGUAUGGAAAUACCAGCGGUAUCAUUUCAUUAUGGCUUACCACGAGAAGCCUGUCCUGCCUCCGCCCCUUAUCAUCCUUAGUCACAUGGCCUCCCUGUUCUGUUGCGUAUGCAAGCGAAGGAAGACGGAUAAAACUUCAGAUGGACCAAAACUAUUUUUAACGGAAGAGGAUCAGAAGAAACUACAUGAUUUUGAAGAGUUAUGUGUUGAGAUGUAUUUCAAUGAAAAAGACGACAAGUUCCAUUCUGGGAGCGAAGAAAGAAUUAGAGUCACUUCUGAACGCGUGGAGCAAAUGUGCAUUCAAAUCAAGGAAGUUGGCGACCGAGUCAACUAUAUCAAACGCUCACUGCACUCUCUAGAUACACAAAUCGGCCACUUACAGGACCUUUCAGCUCUCACGGUGGACACUUUGAAAACACUAACAGCCCAGAAGGCUUCGGAAGCUAGCAAGGUCCACAACGAAAUCACACGGGAAUUGAGUAUUUCGAAACAUUUGGCACAGAACCUCAUCGAUGACGGUCCCCUGAGAUCUUCCAUGUGGAGGAAGCACAGCAUCGGCCACGUGUUUGGUUCUUCUUUUCCCCAAGGAGGCCUUGAAAGUAAUAAUGCUGUACUGUGCAACAUUUCUAUGCAAGAUGAAAGAGAUUCUGGACAUAAGAUGACUGAUCUCCUCAACAGGAAUGAAGUCAACUUUCCAGAGGCGGGUUCCUCUGGCAGUGCCUUAAUCCCAAGAGCUCUUUCGCCUCCAGAACUCCGUCAACGAAUACAGGGUACAGACUCACCGAGGAGCAGUAACAAAAGCAAAAAGGCGGGCAGUUCCUCAAAAAGCAUGCCGCAUCUAAUGUCCCCAACAGCUAAAUUUUUUGUUAGCACUCCCUCCCAGCCUAGUUGCAAAAGCCCUUUAGAAACUGCGGUAAAGGACAAGAAGGCUGCCGAGACAGAUAACGCUGUUGAAUUUGGUGCAUUUGUGGGUCACAGAGACAGCAUGGAGUUACAGCGAUUUAAAGACACCGAGUUUAAGGGCAAAGAAAAAAACGACACAAUUGAGGAGCAACAGGAGGAUUUCAAAAAAGCAAUUUUGGAAGGCAUCGAGACAACAGGGCAACAGGGCACCAGCAGUACUGAAGGCAGUCUGAGACAAGUUAGUUCAUGCGGUGGCUUUACUGAAUAUCAUCGAAGCUUGAUCGCCGGCCAUUCGGAACAAUUGCACAGUAAGAGCAGAAGGACAUCAGUUGAAGAUUCUUCUCAGGCCGACUCCAAGGCAGCCCUACUCACGGAUUGGGUACAAGGCCGACCUUCGUACAGCAAUCAGAUGUCUUCCGAAGAUGAUGCUCUGAACGGUAUUGCUUCCCCUUUCAAGCCCAUCAUGGACACCACCUACUACUACUCAGCUGUUGAGAGAAAUAAUCUGAUGAGGUUGUCGCAAAGCAUCCCAUUCACCCCCGUGCCUCCUAGAGGAGAACCAGUCACUGUAUAUCGUCUGGAAGAAAGUUCUCCCAACAUCUUGAACAAUAGCAUGUCUUCCUGGUCUCAGCUGGGUCUUUGUGCCAAGAUUGAAUUCCUAAGCAAGGAAGAGAUGGGUGGAGGUUUACGACGAGCCCUCAAGGUGGUGUGUACCUGGUCGGAGUACGAUAUCUUGAAGUCUGGCCAUCUUUAUAUCAUCAAAUCUUUUCUACCUGAAGUUAUCAAUACUUGGUCAAGCAUUUACAAAGAAGAGACAGUGUUACAUCUCUGUUUACGAGAAAUUCAGCAGCAGCGGGCUGCCCAGAAGCUCACGUUUGCGUUCAACCAGAUGAAGCCCAAAUCGAUCCCAUAUUCUCCAAGAUUCCUGGAAGUGUUCCUCUUAUAUUGCCACUCAGCUGGACAGUGGUUUGCGGUCGAGGAGUGCAUGACAGGGGAAUUCAGGAAGUACAAUAACAACAACGGAGAUGAGAUUAUCCCGACCAACAUGCUGGAAGAGAUGAUGCUGGCCUUCAGCCACUGGACCUACGAAUAUACUCGAGGAGAGUUGCUGGUCCUGGAUCUUCAAGGGGUUGGUGAAAAUUUGACAGACCCCUCUGUGAUAAAAGCCGGAGAGAAAAGGUCAAGCGAUAUGGUAUUUGGGCCGGCCAAUCUAGGCGAAGACGCCAUCAAGAACUUCAGAGCGAAACACCACUGCAAUUCAAGCUGCAGGAAGCUGAAGCUCCCAGAUUUGAAGAGGAACGAUUACACCCCCGGCAAAAUCCUCUUGCCCCAGGACGAUUCUCCAGAAUUGACCAUUCAGCCUGGAAGCUGCACCAAAGAAUCGGGCUCAGCGAGUUCGAGUCACCUGAUGCUGUGACAUCACACACGGCUCUCUCGACCUCAACCAAAUGCGUGCAGAAGUCGUUGGGUUCUCUCGCCCUUCUGUCACUGCGCUGGCGUCUUGAUGAAUGAGUUCAUCGAAAGAGAAACCACACAAAUGCGGAAUGAAAUGUUGUGAUGGCUCCGGUACAGCGAACUGGCCCAUACUUGGAAGAGGGGGAGAGACACAGCCGAGAUAACAGAGAACCCCCCUCCGGAGCGGUAGUUAGUGAGUUUUUUAAAAGGCUGAAUGAAAUUACGUAUUUAUGAAAUGGCUUUUUAAAGGAACAUUUUAGCAGAAGGAUAACUUGACAAUUUUACCUUGGUCCUUGGAGGGGGAUCCCCUCCCCCUCCAUUCUGUAGUGCAAUAUGCCCUUGACCAAAUGAUUAUUUCUGUUUUGUUUUGCAUCUGAUGGUUUUAAGGCAGACGGCUAGGGCAGCUGGCUUCUGUCAUCUGGCGAGAGCAGCGGCAGAAAGAUCCCUUUUCCUUCCUCUUCAUCCUCUCAGAUACCGAAGGUUGUCUUCGGGAUACAUUCUCUCUGUUCAGUGCCAUGUAUGUUUUUUAUGUGGCCCGGGGGGGACGAAGCUGCUCCUAAGGGAACCUGUCCCCAUUCAGUGCCUGGGGCAGGGAGGGCCAGUUCUCAGACAUGAAGACAGAAAGAGCCUGUCUCCUGUAUCAGGAUUCAGCCUCGGAAGUAUGGAGCCAGUUCUCAUGGGGUUGAAUUGUGCUUCAUGAAAUCCCUUAGGGGUGUGUGUGUGUGUGUGUCUGUUUUUAAAUACAUUUCAGUUUUAUCAAGUCACUGUCGUAUAGUAGCAAAGCCACAAGAGAAGAUGUGGUGCGAGGGGGGGGGGGGUUAAUCACAUGGUAUGAAGCAAAAAUAGCAACGAGGCUGGUCCAGAAUUUGGAGGGGGGAAACCACAGGUGUUAGGGAAGAGCUAUUUCCUGUUACAAUAGUGGCUGCUUCAGAAAUUUUGCCUUCCAAAGAUCUCUUAAAACCAGUAUAUGAAAGCUGAAUGUACACAUGAACUUUUUUUAGGGUCCUUUGCGAUGUUGCCUUUGUGGUAUGGAAGCUGCAAGCAAGCGUUCCCUUCCCCGCCUCUCAGGUGACAUUCGGCAUCCGUGGGGUAGGGAUUGCAGGCAGAGUCCAAGUUGCCUCUUUUUUUUCUGUGGCGCACUGCCACAGUCCCCAUCAUGGGUUUCUCCCGGGCAUCUUCUAACGUCGACCUUUGCGGCACUGGAAAGAGCUUGACUCUACCGAGGCACUCGCUCCACAAAAGUAAUGUCCAAAGGGCCCCUUACUUGUAUUUAAGAUUGUGUGAGAACACAUUUUAAUGUAAUGUUAUAUAUGGUACUUAUUUAAGAAGAAAAUAGGGAUGGAUUUACAUUAUGUCACGUACGGGAGAUUGCAAUUCAACUUUAUGCCAAUAAAAUAUAAUUUACCUGUCCCAGAUUGGUUGAAUAUUCAACACGAAGAACCUUGUUGUCCCACUGAAGUUUCAUGCUGCAUUUUUGUUUUGUUACGUAGGUACUAAUUGUAAUUUUUAAUUGAAGGGCACCAUAAAGCCCGGUAAUUUUUUAAAAAAUUCUGUAGUGUAUCUUAUAGAUACAGACGAUAAGGCACGAACACAAUAGCUGUUUAAAUGGUGGUUCAUGUUGCUGGGGAAGGAAUGGUAGAGCGUAUUAAAGAUACAAAACUGUAUACAUUUUGUAUAUCAAUAAAUCUUUAAACAAUUCCAAAUAAAUUUAUUCUUGUUUA